AUGCACAUCCCCAUGUCACCACCGCUUGCGCGGCAGCUCGCCGAUAACGCUGCACCGACCGACGUCGAGCGGGCCAACAAGCUCGUCUUCAUCGACGGCAAGCGCGGGCGGGGCGGUGUGCAUUGGCACGCGUCGUGUCAUUGCUGCGCGAUGAAGCACCGGACGCGCGACUGUCCCGACUUGCGCCGGGCCCUCGAGAACGGCACGGCAACCUGCUCGUUCUCGCUACCUCGCUUCACGAGCUAUGUCUCGACCGAGACGUCGCGGCUUUGGUGCUCGCCCUGCGACUUUUGCGACAAGAGAGGUCACCGCGUGGCCCGCUGCGACGCGCUCAGGUCUGCGAUCAAGUCGCGGACCUUGCCACAGUCGUACGCGAUUCCAGUGGGGCUCUGCUGCGCCUACUGCGCGCGCUUGGGUCUCAUCGAGACCGACCAUGGCGUCGCAACAUGCGCGCUUCUUGUCGAGCACUGCUGCGACGACUUGGUGUCGCCGGCCUUUGUCGCACCCAAGCACUUUGUCUUUGCGACGUCGACAGACCCGCCAGCCUUGCGCGUGUUCGAGCGCCGGCGCAACGCAAUCUGCUCGUACUGCGGCGUCGCGGAUCACCGCGCGUGCGUGUGCGAUCUGCUGCGCCGCCACGUCGGCGCUGGCUGCGUCCGCCCGACGUAUCGUCUGAAGCGCGACGGCGGUGCUUGCACGACCUGCGCCCAUGGGACACUCACGUAUGUGGCCCAUGCAUCGACGCAGUGCCCGCUCCAGGGGCCUGACGACGACGAUGCGCACGUCCAACGCAAGCGGUCCGCGGCAAUGGUGCCUGUCAAGACAUUGACCAAGAUGCAAAAGACACAACGCAAGUAG